AGCGGACUCGCCGGUACUAGUUCCCGGACUCCACCAGGAAGGGCGAGGAAGGGCCAAUUUUUACUUUUAGCCCAGCCUAGAGGUCAAAUUCCAGCAACCAGCCCCAACUGGAAGGCAGCAAUCUGAAAUAUGGCGUCCUCUGCCGCUGUGGCAGCUCAUUUGCAGAGCGCGCAAGCGCUUCUGGGGCACACCUGCCCCGGUUUCUGCAGGCGUUCUCUUAGUCUAAACGCUCAGGCGUUGGAAUUGAGGCGUUCUCCAGUUCUUCGCUCGCUGUCUUUUCUUUUUCCCUGCAACUCCCUGCCGCGUCAGAGUACCUUGACAGCAUUGCCUCCUUCCAUAAGUGCAAGCAGUUCUGUAGCAGGAUUAGGAUCGAAGAAUACUGGGGGUUCUCGGUGUUGGAUUGGGGGGUUUAGUGCAGGCUUUAGGAUUGAGUUGCAUUCUUUAGUUGGGGGGCACAGAGUUCGGAGGGGGGAGCUUGGUGUGAGAAUGGCAUCGGGAGGGGCGACAAGCGACCAAAAGAGAGAAAUCAUGGUGCAGCAUAUUCUGGUGAAGGAGGAGGAUGAAAAAGUCUUAACAGACUUGCAGAAGCGCAUUCUGAUGAAUGGCGAGGAUCUCGGCGCGUUAGCCACCGAGUACUCUGUGUGCCCUUCCAAAAAGGACGGUGGUAUGCUCGGGUGGAUCAAGAAAGGCAUGCUAGUUCCGGAGUUUGAGGAAGCCGCGUUUGCUGCAAAGCUUAACCGACCGGUCAAGGUGAAAACCAAGUUCGGGUGGCAUCUGCUCCAAGUGCUGUCAGAAAGAGAGGCGAACGAAGUCAUUCCGAUGGCCCCAGAAGACUUCCAGGCUCGCCUCAAAGACGGCCUUCCAGACGACGUACAAUUGAUGGACGUGCGAGAACCCCACGAAGUGGAAAAGUCGUCGCUGCCAGGAUUCAAAGUGUACCCUUUGAGCAAGUUUGGGGAGUGGGCGCCGGCACUGGAUCUGGAUCCCAAGAAGGAAACCAUCGUUAUGUGCCACCACGGGAUGAGGUCCUUGCAGGCUGCCACGUGGUUGGUCCAACAGGGUUUCAAGGAUGUAAAGAACCUGACCGGGGGUAUCGAUUAUUACUCGAAGACGGUAGACCCCACUGUUCCUCAGUACUGAUUUAGAGUAUCUAGACAAUGUCAUAGUUGCACUUUAGUGGAUGCUUGCGAAAUAAGGUAAACAUUUCAUAGCGGCAGUGAUUGGAUCAUCGCACCCAAGCAGGGAACGCUCCAUGGAAGUCGCAAUCGCCAUGUUAGUCGAGAAGCAGCGACUGGGCUGCACGGAGCACAACGUUCGAUGCCGCUGCGCAACACGCACUGAGACCUGAAAUCAUCAUCUGAGCACCUUUCAAAUACCUACUGCAACUUGUCGGACAAAGUACUGAAGUCAUUGCUUGGAUGCCAGCCCGCGUAUUAUUAGUACUCGUGCCCGGCA